CUCACAUCCUGUAUUUGGCCUGCGCAACGGUCAACCUCGCGCUUCGCCGCUUUGCUUGCCCUCAGCUUUCCCGCCCCACUCAACGGCUCACUAGAAUAGUUGUGAAGUGACACCGUUAGUGAUAACGGUAGUUCUUCCACAUCGGCCUUCUCGUGCCGACGGCUUAACCAUUGACACGUUGGCCAACCAUCGAACAAGCUCGCAAGCGACCAUCGACAUGUCAAAGUCAAAGGAAAACCGCCCCUCUGAGGGCUUCCACCAAGAGUACAUUGCGUCGCUUCGCUAUCGCAAUGACUUACCGCCACCUGAAAUGCCCCCAAAGUUCCUCGAUAUUCCGCAUGAAGGAUUGCAACGUUUUCUUGCCCCUGGUUUUGCUUCAAACAUGGCAAGACGUGAGGAACCCGGUAUCGACGUUGAUGCUGAGGGCGGAAUGCCAAUUGACCUUGUCGGUAUACCUGGCUUACAUUUGGGCGAUGAAAGUGCCAUUCUGAUGCCUGAGCAUGCUCCACCACCCGACCCUCGUGACUUGCCAUUUCUUGUCCCACUUGACCAGCUCAAGAAUCCAUCGGUAAAGAAUGCCAAUGUCAGUUUUCUCCGCCGAACUCAGUAUAUUGCUGCCGAGCACCGAGGUCCCGGAGGAUUUAAGCCUACAGCAGGAAAACCCAAACCACGCCUUGCUGAGAAAGGAAAGUUGGCCAAUGAUGAUCCGCUUUACAUCAAGAAAUAUAUCAUGAAAGGCUUUGAUAUUGCUUAUCCGCAUAGCAAACAUACAGGAGAGGACACUGCCGAGCGCAUCAAGGGACACACCCCUCAGAAACCUGAAUUGGAUGCUUGGGCAAAACCUGUUCAUCCUGAAAACCCUAAAUUGAAACCUGUUGGUUUCUUUCCCGUCCUCCCAGACUUGCAAGGAUACCCUGACCCGGGCGGUUUUGUCCAAUUCAAAUUCGACAAGCCGCCCUUGCUUGCAGCCUCCGGAAAACGCGAUGAACGAAUUGAUGUUGGUCUUUUGUACCCGUCUGCCCCGUCCGACGAGAUACUUCAAGAGCAUGAAGCUAAGACUACCCUUCACAAAAACAAUCCUAAAGUUUACAAAGAUCCCGGUCCCAUUCCAUGGAACUAUGAUCUUUUUGUUCCGGACAACAAGAGCUCGGUCACGAAAAUAAAAGAAAGCCUUGAUCCAUUGAACCCUAAGCGAAACAGUGAAGAACUCUACACUCAGGAUGAUGGAGAGAAUAAAUUUCAUCUUUAUGAUAGACUUCGAACAUAUUAUACGAAGGCCCAGCAAUUAAAUCAAGACCAGAAACAGCGCGACAUUGCAUUGACUCUAUUUGACCCCGCCAAGUCAACCAAUAUUGAUCGUGAUACGAUUAAAGCUGCUUAUUACUACCCCAUUUUAGGGAAGAUGCGCCUAGCGCCUGAGCGUGCCCGCAAAAUCGCCAGAGCCGGCCUUGUUCCUGCUCGGGCCGAAUCUACUAGAGAAGAUCAGGCGGAUCAAAUCCAUGUUACUGUCCGUGACCCUGACGAAGCUGAAAUCUACAAACGAAGCUUGCACCGUGGAAAUGUGGACCCGGAGUUCAAAAAGACUUUGCCUUCACCCCCUCAGGAGUUAGAGGCAGACGAAAAUGAAGAUGAGGAUGCUGAUGCUGAGCCCGAAGGCCUAGUGCAAACUCGUGAGGGUGCCUCUAGUCCGAUCGCCGAAGUUGAAAACAGGUCUGGAGAUGAAUCAUCAUAAUAAUCGAAUUAUUCAUUCCUUGUCUACAUUAUCAAUUUUUUUGGCUUUAGAAUGGCGUCAUUUGAACCAAUGAACUUUAGUGGCAAAAGUAAUCCUGCGAACUUGCGAUUUAGGGAAAGCGAUGGUGUUCAUAUUAGUGGUAUUCUUCAUUUCUGUAUUUAUUUUGGAAAUUAGAAAAGGAAGCGAACCUCCAGUUGUUAUAUUGGUGGUAAUUUGAAAAUAGAUUCAGAUCUGCUGUAUGAUACCCUGUAAUGGAAAUUCAAUUAUAUCAUACAUGUUAUUGUGG